UUUUCAAGUCUCCGUGGACUCAAAGUAUAAAUUUAUUGAACAACGGUUUACUUAUCAUCAGCCACAACACCUUUCAUAUUUCCUCUCGGCGAAGGUAUUUCAGAAAUUAACUGUACGAUCCGUGACUUUCGUCGAGUUGUGCAAAAUUGGAUAAACCGUUAUUAAGUCUCAGGAAUUUUAGGCACCACGCUCAUUAUCAUGAUUUCAAGUUCCUUUCAGUUGUCGGCAGAAUAAAGGGAUAUGGUUUUCAAUCGAAGCCAAAAGAAUCACUCCGAAGCAAGUGAGAGCAGUUGAGUCUUCUACCAAGAAAUAUCGGAAAGGCUGAGCUUUCGACGCCACGGCUAUUCAAAUGGCUCACUCGUCUGAGCUAGUGAUUACGCUGCUUCUGUCGUCCCUGACUAUACCUGUCUACUCUUCCUCAGCUUCGUGUUCAACGCCAAUGGGUAUGGAGAACGGACAGAUAAGGGACACUCAGAUCACUGCCUCUUCAGAAUUUCUUAGGAACCAUGCCGCAGUCCAGGGAAGGUUGAACUUCAAGGCCGGUGGCGGCAAAACAGGGUCAUGGUCAGCAAAUAUAAAUAAUGGAUACCAAUGGCUUCAGGUGGAUCUUGGUAGGUACAAGGUUGUGACAGGGAUAGCUACACAAGGACGAAAUGCUGUACCCCAGUGGGUCACCUUAUAUGAGCUUCAGUACAGCGAGGAUGAAGUUACCUUUGUUUAUUAUAAAGAACCAGGGCAGAGCUCACCUAAGCGAUUCGUUGGAAAUAGGGACCAGGAAACCGUUGUUUAUCACAAGUUAUCCACACCAAUCCAAGCUCGUUUCAUUAGAAUCAGACCUAAAUCCUGGUAUGGUUGGAUAUCACUCAGGAUGGAGCUUUACGGCUGUUUAGGGUGUUUUACACCUCUUGGUAUGGAGAACGGGCGGAUAAAGGAUGCUCAAAUCACCGCCUCUUCAGAUUAUAGCGUUCAACAUGCUGCAAAGUUUGGAAGGUUGAACUUCAAGGCAAGGGGAAAAAAGCAGGGAGGAUGGUCAGCAGGCAUCACUGCUAAUUCCUGGAUUCAAGUGGAUCUUACCAAGUACACUGUAGUGAAAGGAAUAGCGACACAAGGGAGAAAUGGUUACAGCCAGUGGGUAACUAAAUACAAGCUGCAGUACAGCGACGAUGGAGUGAACUUUCACUAUUACGGAGAAUCCGACCAGAAUCCGCCAAAGGUCUUUGAAGGAAAUAAAGACACAGACAGUAUUGUGUACCACCAUUUAUACCCUCCGAUCAAAGCACGUUUUAUCAGAUUAAGGCCGACAGAAUGGUCUGUCCAUGUGUCACUUCGGAUGGAGCUCUACGGUUGCUUAGAUCCCUCAGCGAAGUUACAAUGCAACCGCAACAACAUGACAAUACACGUUCCUAAGACCCUCCUUCCUGGUAUCAACCGCGUGCAUCUCCGACUCCUGGACACGGAAUGCAAAGCUGAGGAAGACGACAUUUAUUACAGUCUGACAACGCCGCUAACCGGGUGUAAAACUACACGCAAGCACACGACCACAGCUGUCGUUUACUCUAAUAUGGUCUUGAAAGUUCCCACAGCUUCCAAAAAAGCCAUGAUACGUGAAUUGAAAAUACAGUUCAGCUGUGUUUAUUCCAGUCAUGGUGUGGUGUCAUCGGUUGGUUGGAGGGCAGUCAACAGAAAAGUUAUAAUUAGUGAAGAAGGGGAAGGGAACUUUACACUCGUUUUGAAUAUGUUUCCUGACAAGAAAUUUGAGAUUCCUUACAAGGAAGAGGAUUUUCCUCUUUUUGUGGCGCAGAAACGUCUUUUCUUGGAGGUAUCGGUGAUAAGUGAUAGGCGGCUGUCAAUUAUUGCUGAUCGAUGUUAUACCACGCCCACUCGUGAACGAGAAAACGCUCAGAAGUAUGAGUUUAUUUCCAAAGGAUGUGCAAACUAUCCAUCUGUGGUCUACCACCCCGCACCCUCGAUCAACUUGCAGCGGUUUAGCCUUGAAACCGCUAAAUUUAUUGGCACCGAUUCGUUUGUAUUUGUUCACUGCCACGUGAUCGUAUGCAACGCAACUGACCCAGAUUCCCAAUGUGCGAAGAAGUGUCCAUCAGGUAACCGAGGGAAACGUCAAGUAAGCGAUCACGAGAUUGAUGAACGGUAUUCUUUGACCCAGGGUCCACUCCUUCAUGUUAGCGCGAAGAAAAAAGAAAAGGAAAGCAAUGGUGAAACCAGUAACGAGAAGAAUGCUUCUGAUACUACCUUCGUGGUAGGUCUGGUAAUGAUAUGCAUUGCUUGCUUGGCGGCCAUGGGGACUGGACUGGUAGUCUUUAAGAAGUUACGAGACAAGCGGUCUGCUGCAGAGGUUUUCAGUGGUCAUGAGAAGGAAAAGCAUGAACAUUGAUGAUACAGACCGGACUGGACUGAACUGACCCUGGACGACACUUGAGUUUGAGAAAUACAUAAGCUUUCACUAGAUGCGCAGUUGCCUCCCUAUGAUUUUUCUAUGAGAAAUCAGUAUUUUACAUGAGGACUAGCAUUUCAACGACUUUUGCUAACGAUCUCUGUUUGUCUCUUUGGUGUAACCAAUGAUUGGACAUCGUAAUUACAACUUCCUAGUGUAGGGGUUACAACCCUUUUCGAUUGAACAUAGCUGUAAGCCACCUAUUCCCAGAAUAAUCAUAACCCUAAGUCAGAAACAGGAGCGCAGGUGGGAACUCAACGGUGAUAAAUAAGGACUCCUUCAAGCGUAGGAAAACGCGAGUGAUCUGGUCACAUGUGUUUCCAGUUUUUCAUUUGAUUGGCUGACUGGAUAGCGCAAAAAUUUCAAGACCAAGCUGCGUGAAAUCGAAAAGUGCUGACUAAGUAGUUGUUUGUGAAAAUUUUUUAAUCAGUGCUGAGUAUGAUAACACUGAUGACAUCAAAGCGUACCUUUAUAGUUUUCCUGGAUUUAGAUGUUUUCAUAUCUAAGAUUGAGACAAAUAUUCAUAAGUUGUUUAAGUGGGCUUAGCAAGAAGACGAUAUGAAGAUAUCUGUUUCUUGAGCUUUAAAGACAAAGUGAAAUUAGGAACUUUUUUGUCCAAGUUUUCUUAUUCCUAACAUCUCUUCUAGUACGCUUUGAUUCCUUAAUGUUUAGAUCUAGAAUAGAAAUGUCUGUUCAAAAUCUGGUAUAUGAACAUGACAUUAUUUCACAUAUUGAAAGGUAUUAUGUUGCAAUUUAAAGCUUAAAAAUUGUAUUUCUCAAGCUUAGGCUGACUUUUAUUCCUAAAAAUUUUGAGUAGCCUUAAAACUUCUACUAUGUCGACAUCACAAUAAAAUCUUUUGCUCGUCGAGGCAUAGUCAGUAAACAGGGUUCCGUUUGCAAGGCUGCACAAAAUUUUAGUUCUGUUUCAUGAUGCCAAAUGGAUGUGAUUUAAACCAAUUAAUAAUGCAAAGCUUCUAGUAUUAUUUUUAAACGAGUAAUAGCGAGUAGAAAGCAUAAUAGCUAUAGUAUCUUUUUUUUCCGUCUUGUUUUACUUCCUUGAGCAAAAGGUAGAACUUUAUCCGGAACAAAACAAACUGUUUAAUUAGUCUAAAACCUCUACACUCUUUCGCUUAAGUGGUCCUACAGGUAGCACCGUUGUCAUUUUUGCCUUGAGGUACAAUGCUGGUAGCAUGCUACUUUUUAAAAUAAAAUAAGUGUAAAUUA